AUGAGAGAUCCGGUCACUCUGGUCUGUUGGGCUUUCCCACAAAGGGUUUUUAAUAACCCUAAACUGCCUGAACACAGUUCAUCCCCCUUUUCUCACCUUCUUUCUAAACCAACAACUCGCUUGUUUGCUGCAAUCCUGCUGUUAUCUGUGCCUAUUGUCCCCAUAAAGCAGAUUCAUUUACCCCAUAUCCCAGAACAAUUACCCGCUUUGAUCGCAAUGCAUGUGAUAACGCUUCCUACAGGCCAGAAGAGAAUCAACCAGGCUUGCGACAGGUGUAGGGUCAAAAAGAUCAGAUGUGAUGGUCAACUUCCAUGUGGAAACUGUCAGAAAGUUCACUACAAGUGUGCUAUAAGUGAUAAGCUGACGAGAAAUUCGUUUCCAAAAGGUUACACCAAGAAUCUGGAGAGAAAAAUCAUUGACCUGGAAAAUGAGCUCAUGGAAUGCCAAAGAUAUCAACGCCCGGUCAGACUGGAAACUGUUGACUCACAGCUCAGGUUCACUAGAUGUACUUUUGAAGAAUUCAAGGUGAAUCUUUUUGAUCUGGACUCUGGCUUUUCCAGAUUUUCUAGCCGGUUCGGAUACUUUCCGUUCACUAAGUUGGACACUAAGCUUUAUAAAUUGGUCUUGAUGAGAUUUGAGGACCCAAACUCGAUUCCGCUGUCCAAGCUCGGAUUUUUGUCGCAGGACUUUGUGAUCUCGCCUGACUCGCUAGACGAGAUAUGUCUUCUAUUAUUCCACUUGGUUUUGUGGGAGUUGCCUAACCCUGAGAUUCUGAAUUGGAUUUCCCAGCUUUUGUCGUUUGGAAAGGCACUCAUAUUUUCGCUAGACGUUGACAAUGACCAUUUCUUUAUUUUCAACUCGCUGCUCCUUUGGUUCAACCGGACUCAUGAUUUGGAUAUGAAACUUCCACGGAGAAAGGAGACUGCGGAGUGGUUUGAAGACUACGAACUUGCACUGCAAGCCUACAAUCCCGUGUUUGGAUCGAUUUCUCUGCAAUUCGCAGACUCUGCCAUCAAGGUCGACCAUUACAGUUCUCAGACUGAGCUCAGAUGUAGACUGGAUUUGCAGAAUGUGGAGCAAGUGAAGAACGAAGACAGCAAACUCAACAAACUCUGUCAAGAUUUCAGACUCAAGUAUGGUAUAUCUGAAGGACCCAUUGCAACGCACAAAGUCCGUGCUCCCAGGACCUCACCACCACCUCAAAAAUUCACCCACCAACUCACAGAUAUCACUUGCAAAAAGGAAGAUGACGAUUUUGACCUUCAUUCUUUUGGAGAAACCCACUUUGAUGACUUGGAUAUCUUUAAAUGGAACGAACCAAAGGAUACGUUCAGUCUCCAUCUCAAUACAGAUGUUCCCAGCAGAAGAACCACCAGUCUGCCCAGUCUGAGCGAGGACGAUUCCACCCUCUCGUCAAGGUCAGAAGAGACCCCGUCCUUGUUUGGCAGACCAACGUUAAGUGACGGCUUCAAGGAUGGUUUCAAGCAGACUUUCAAAGAAAGCUUGCUGGAGACUUUUGCUCAAUCAUUGACCUCCAAUAAGCUGAAUUCUAUCCAAACGGUUGAUAUGAACGAUAUUCACGCGCAAAAGUGUGAUGAUAUUUUGGGCCUUGGUGAUUACGAAGACCUCAGAAAUUUGAAGAAGAAGGUUUUGAACUUGUGA